AUGGCGAAAUUGAAAAAGAACAGCUUGUUUUGGAAGAGGGACAGCAGCGAAGCGUCAUAUUUUUACAAUAUGCUAAAUGGACUGAUCUGUGUCAGUGGGAUAUAUUUUUUCUUCUUAAUUUUUGGAUAUUAUCAAGAAAAAUUACCAAACCUGGGCAAGGGAAAGGACAAGUUCUACUACAACAUAUUUUUAAUAUGCAUUUUGUGUUUCUCCAACAGUGUGUGCAGUUUAACAGCAGUGUUUAUUAAAAGUAAAUUAAACAAUGAGCAGUUUUUACAGGACUUAAAGAAAAAUGUGGACAAAUAUUUUAUUAAACAAAUAAUGCUAAUAUCUGUGACAUAUUCAAUCGCAAUGAUAGCAACAAAUUAUUCCCUAAGUCAUGUUAAUUUUCCAACACAGGUCCUGGUAAAAUCUGGCAAAAUGAUUCCCAUAGUUGUUGGUGGGUACUGUUUCUUUGGGAAAAAAUAUCCCUACUAUGACUACAUUUCUGUGUUCUUAAUCACAUCAUCGUUAGUAAUAUUCAACCUGUUAAGAACAAAAUCGUCUAAGGAAGUGCAACAGACAACUUUUGGAUUACUCCUCUUAUGCUUAUCCCUAAUCUGUGAUGGGUUGACUGGACCAAGGCAAGACAAGCUCUUGAGCAAAUACAAUGUGAACUCGAUAAACUUAAUGUUUUACGUAAAUAUAUUUGCCUUUUUCUUUAACCUCUUGGCUUCACUACUUAUCGAAGGUGGUAAGCCGUAUAAUUUUUUGUCCAAGUACCCCAAUUCAUACUACUACAUUAUAGCGUUCUCAAUUAGUGGGACAUUGGGACAGUUUUUCGUUUUUUACUCGCUCAAAGUGUAUGGGAGUUUGUAUACUAGUCUGUUCACCACUCUAAGGAAGGCGUUAAGUACAGUCGUUUCGGUGUACCUCUUUGGCCACGUAUUGAAGCCUUUGCAGUGGGGCUGCAUUGCCGUCAUUUUCUCGACGCUCAUUAUACAGAACUACCUCAAGCAGCAGGCGAAGAAG